ACGGAGAAAGCGGAUUUGGCGGGAGCCGAGCCGAGCCGAGAAAUCGACGGCAUAUAUAAACCGCGACAAGUUAAACCAAACCCAAUCAAUCGGUUUAACUCAAAAUCCCAACUCCGAACGCCUCUUCUUCUCCUCACCGCCGCCGAAGCGUAGCGGCUACUCCCCAUCUGCCUCCGCCUCCGCCUCUCCCAUGGAUGAUGACGAUUCCGCGAGGAGGAGGGGGAGGAGCCCCGCCAGCUUCUCCACCCAGGCCUCCGCCCUCCUCCGCAAGAACCUCUGCUUCCAGAGGCGGAACCUGAAGACGAACGUCGGCAUCACCGUCUUCCCGAUCCUCAUCUGCGUGCUGCUCGUCGUGCUUCAGAACGUGAUCAACGGGGAGCUCGACAAGCCCAAGUACCAGUGCGGCUGCGAAUGCACCGAGAGUGACCUGGAUGGGACCUGCCUGCGGAAGGAGUGCGGCAUCCAGCACUCGACGCUGGAGCAGGUAUGGAGCUGCGAGGUGCCCAGCCCACCACGGUGGCCGGCCCUGAUUCAGGUCCCCUGGCCAGGGUUCCGGGCUGUCGGGACCGCAUCGCAGCCGUUCGACGAUUUGCCUAACCCAUUGUGCCGUGGCGACGGGUCUUGCCCUGUCACUCUCCUCGUCACUGGAGAGAACCAAACAUUAGCUGAGCGUGUUUCAGGUCGGGUGUUUCCUGCCCUUUAUCCGUUGCCUAAUGUGACAGACUACCUGAUGCCUCCUCCCUUUUCUCCCUCUCAAGUGACAGACUAUCUUGAUAUCCUCUCCAGGAUAGUUGUUGGUUCAGACACACAGCCAUGGUAUACCCAAUUGCUAGAGCCCGCUUUUUCCUCUGGUAAAACUUUGCAUCUUCUCCAGCCUCGUUGCAUGCCCUUCAUGUUUGGGACCAUUCCAUACAAUGCAGGGGGCGUACCCUUACAUAUCGAUAUACAGUGUAUUGAAGUUCAGAUGUUGUGGCGUGAAAGUGCAUCAGUUAUCAACUAUGAACUGUUUAAGGGUUACGUACAAAGAGGAGGAGAAACAAAUGAGUUUGUUGCAGGUUAUGACUUCUUGAACACGACAGGAUAUGACCUCAAUAUAAAUGUUUGGUACAACUCUACUUAUAAUGAUAACACUGCAUAUUCAUUUAUCGCAGCAUUACGAGUUCCACGAUUGGUGAAUGCAAUAUCCAAUGCAUACCUAAAAUUUAUCAGAGGAAGUGGGGUGGAUAUGCUGCUUGAAUAUGUAAAAGAGAUGCCCAAAGUUGGAACAAGGUUUAGGCUUGAUCUCUCUUCUCUUCUCAGUGUGCUAUUCUUCACAUGGAUAGUUGAACUACUUUUCCCAGUUAUGUUGACAUAUCUGGUGUAUGAGAAGGAACAAAAGCUAAAAAUUAUGAUGAAGAUGCAUGGUCUGAAGGAUGGGCCUUACUGGCUAAUUUCUUAUGCUUAUUUCUUUGCUCUAUCGGUUAUCUAUAUGACAUUUUUUGUGAUUUUUGGCUCCUUAAUUGGUCUAAAUUUCUUCAGACUCAAUGACUACAGCAUACAGUUUGCUUUCUUCUUCAUUUAUAUAAAUUUGCAGAUUGCACUUGCAUUUUUUGUGGCAUCUUUCUUUUCAUCUGUCAAGACAGCCACUGUGAUUGGAUACAUUUAUGUAUUUGGCUCUGGCUUGCUAGGGGCAUUUCUUUUUCGUUUCUUUGUUGAGGACAGGACCUUUCCCAAUGGUUGGUUGUUAGUAAUGGAGAUUGUCCCAGGAUUUUCCCUCUAUCGAGGACUAUAUGAACUUGGCCAAUAUGCUUUCUCUGGAAGUGCUAUGGGAGCCUCUGGCAUGACAUGGGGAAAUUUGAGAGACCCAAUCAAUGGAAUGUGUGGUAUAUUUAUCAUCAUGACAGUAGAAUGGGCAUUUCUCCUUAUGUUAGCAUUCUAUUUGGAUCAAGUCUCUCCAGUAGGUGGUGGUGUCAGGAAAAGGCCCUUAUUCUUCUUCAGGUGUUUACAGAAGAAGCACACACCGUCAUUGCAGAAGCCUAGCUUUGUGCAACAGGGUUCUAAAGUAAUUGUCGAUAUGGAGAAGCCAGAUGUUGCUCAAGAAAGAGAAGUAGUUGAGCAACUUUUGGUAGGCCGCAAUGCAAAUCAAGCUAUUAUAUGUCACAACCUCAAGAAGAUCUAUCCUGGAAGGGAUGGAAACCCUGAUAAGCUGGCGGUUCGAGGAUUAUCUCUUGCCGUACCAAAAGGGCAGUGCUUUGGAAUGCUUGGCCCAAAUGGAGCUGGGAAAACAUCCUUCAUUAGUAUGAUGAUUGGGCUUGUUAAACCUACAUCUGGUACUUCCUAUGUUCAUGGAAUGGAUAUCAAUAUGGAUAUGGAUCACAUAUAUACAAACAUGGGGGUGUGCCCACAGCAUGACUUACUUUGGGAACCAUUGACUGGAAAAGAACAUCUGUUCUUUUAUGGCAGGCUGAAGAAUCUUAAAGGUGCUGUGUUGGUGAAGGCUGUUGAGGAUGCUCUGAAGAGCGUAAAUCUGUUCCAUGGUGGUGUUGGUGAUAAGCAAGUGGGAAAGUACAGCGGAGGCAUGAAAAGAAGGCUCAGUGUGGCAAUAUCAUUGAUUGGAGACCCCAAAGUCGUUUUCAUGGAUGAACCAAGCACUGGGCUAGACCCCGCAUCAAGAAAUAACUUGUGGAAUGUUGUGAAGGAGGCCAAGCGAAACCGUGCGAUCGUUCUUACUACGCACUCGAUGGAGGAGGCUGAAGUACUUUGUGAUCGACUUGGCAUCUUUGUCGAUGGCGAUUUCCAAUGUCUUGGAAAUCCUAAGGAGCUAAAGGCGAGAUAUGGGGGAGCAUACAUAUUCACAAUGACAACAUCUCCAGACCAAGAACAAGAGGUUGAACGGCUAGUUCAUGACUUGUCUCCGAGCGCAAAUAAGAUCUACCACCUAUCUGGAACUCAAAAGUUCGAGCUGCCAAAGCAAGAGGUGAAAAUAGCCGAGGUAUUUCGCGCAGUUGAGGAUGCGAAGAAACGGUUCACCGUGCAUGCCUGGGGCCUGGUUGAUACCACCUUGGAGGAUGUCUUCAUAAAGGUUGCCAAGGGAGCAAAGGCAUCCAGUGUUAAUAGUUAGUUUGUGCAUUGAUAAUAUUGUGAGAUUUAUAGGCCGACUAAUAUUCUUUUAUGUCUUGACUUUAGCAUAUAUGAUUCUUUAAAGUUCGAGCUGCCAAAGCAAGAGGUGAAAAUAGCCGAGGUAUUUCGCGCAGUUGAGGAUGCGAAGAAACGGUUCACCGUGCAUGCCUGGGGCCUGGUUGAUACCACCUUGGAGGAUGUCUUCAUAAAGGUUGCCAAGGGAGCAAAGGCAUCCAGUGAUAAUAGUUAGUUUGUGCAUUGAUAAUAUUGUGAGAUUUAUAGGCCGACUAAUAUUCUUUUAUGUCUUGACUUUAGCAUAUAUGAUUCUUUUGUGGUUGUACAGAAACAUAUUAUUCUCAUACAUCAGAAAAAAAAGUAACCAUAUGUAACAUUUUUGUUUAUUUUAAAUGUACAAAUGACUCAAUAUAUCAUUGCAGAUAUGCGGGAAUUACAAAA